AUGGUGAACAACAUAAGUAACAGACAUGGUGAGCUCCGACCCGAUCGGACUAAUCCGAACCACAGUAUGGGUCGGGCGAGGACUGAACUUAGUUCAGUUGCUGGAAAUUUGUCAAAGGAUAAAGAUUGCAAAACUGAGGUUCAACGCAAUUGUCUCAUGACGUUAGGCUCAGCAGUAAUAUUGGAUUGUGUAGUUUCCAUCGUCAUAAGCGAAUGGGGUAUCUUCUCCCUCUUCUUCCCUCUUUCCUCUAUGUUGAUGGAUGAUUUAAUCAUUUCCUGCUAUAAUUCCUCUGUUAUUGGGGUGCUCAGUGGACCUGAGCCAGUACCAUACUUUGAUCCCAUAAUUUUUACGGGGAGGGAGGAUGUGAAUUUAGAAAUUAGCAACAGUUCUUCCAUCAGUGCCAUCUUGCAAGAUUCUGGCAACUUUGUGUUUCGUGAAUUGAACCAAGAUGGAUCUUUGAAGAGGAUAAUAUGGCAAAGCUUUGAUCACCUCUCAGACCUUCUUAUUCUGGGGAAGAAACUAGGGGUCUUUCACCCUUGCCCUUACCCCAACAUGAAGCAAUUGGUGAUGCGGUGGAGAGGGAACGUUGUUUGGAGUAGUGGCCAAAUGGAGCAAUGGAAGCUUUGCCAAUUUAAUUCUUAUGUUAACGAGGAUGAAACUGGGUGUGAGAUAUGGAGCAGGGACUCAGCAAACUUUGCGGCCACUGAUAAUUUGACAGCUGGGGGGCGUCAUGUAUAG